AGACAGCGUGUAUGUGGGGGGUAGAGGGGGAUCUAGAGAAGAGGCUUUUAAAGGAUUUGACAGUGAUUUGUAGCAUCACAGUACUGAGCAAUGUUGUGCUUUUCAUUAGACUUUAAACAUGACUACAGGAGAGUCUCAAAAAACGGAUUUUCGCUACAUAUAGAACUUGAACCCAAACGAAAAAUGUUUGCAAGAGGCAUGUAAAAUUCAAGAUUCCCCCGUACACCUUUAGUGGGGAGCGUGUGCUGUCUCGGAUGGAAGACGCUUUCCUGGCUCUCGAAAAACCAUUCGGCAGUUUCUAGUGUUAUAUAUAUAUUACGUGUCAGUCUAUUUGCAGUAGCAUUUAAUCUGCCUUCCGGGAUUUGACGUCUAAAUUGAGUGAAGGAACAAAUUUAGGAAACGUCAAGAUGCGGUUUUCAGGUGCUUUGGGUAGAAGGUGAAGUUUUUAGCCAUUAGAUAAAACCAGAGUUUGUUGGUGAUGACCAUGACACGAUACUCACCAAAGUCGCUGCUGCAUCAUUACUGUGGAAUAAUUUGGGCAUUUCAAUGGACCAGCUGUCAUUCCAUCGCUUUGCCCCGGCUUCUGUGGAUGUUGUGGAUGGGACUGAACCCAGGGCUGUGGGCACACCAAGGUACCCAGCCCCACUCUAUCAAGAUAGAGGGUGACAUCACUCUGGGAGGGCUGUUCCCAGUCCAUGCCAGAGGGCCCGCGGGAGUUCCAUGUGGAGAGAUAAAGAAGGAGAAAGGAAUUCACCGGAUGGAGGCCAUGCUCUAUGCCGUGGAUCAGAUCAACAGUGACCCGGAUCUACUCCCCAACAUCACCCUGGGCGCCCGUAUCCUUGAUACCUGCUCAAGGGAUACUUAUGCUCUGGAACAGUCACUCACCUUUGUUCAAGCGCUUAUUCAGAAGGACACCUCUGACAUACGCUGCUCCAAUGGAGAGCCACCCAUCAUCCGAAAGCCGGAGCGCGUGGUGGGUGUCAUCGGGGCAUCUGCCAGCUCCGUGUCCAUCAUGGUGGCCAAUGUCUUGCGGCUCUUCGAGAUCCCACAGGUGAGUUAUGCCUCCACAGCCCCAGAGCUGAGCGACAACAACCGCUACGACUUCUUCUCGAGAGUUGUUCCGCCCGAUUCAUACCAGGCUCAGGCUAUGGUGGACAUUGUCAAGGCGAUGGGCUGGAAUUAUGUGUCGACACUUGCUUCUGAAGGAAACUAUGGCGAAAGUGGAGUUGAUGCCUUCAUCCAAAUCUCCCGGGAGACAGGAGGUCUUUGUAUAGCACAGUCUAUGAAGAUUCCCCGCGAGCCCAAACUUGGCGAGUUUGAUAAGAUCAUUAAGCGAUUGAUGGAGACCUCCAAUGCGCGUGGGGUUAUCAUCUUCGCCAAUGAGGAUGACAUAAAACGAGUGUUGGAGGCGGCAAAGAAGGCGAAUCUGACGGGGCACUUCCAGUUUGUGGGGUCUGACAGCUGGGGAGCCAAGAGUUCCCCUAUAUUAGACCAGGAGGAGGUGGCUGAGGGGGCCGUCACGAUACUGCCCAAAAGAGCCUCCAUCGACGGAUUUGAUCAGUAUUUCACAUCAAGAUCCCUGGAGAACAACCGGCGAAACAUUUGGUUUGCAGAAUUCUGGGAAGACGACUUCAGGUGCAAGUUGACGCGGCCGGGCAUCAAACUGGACAGUGACAAGAAAAAAUGCACAGGGGAGGAGAGGAUCAGCCGCGACUCUCACUAUGAGCAGGAGGGGAAGGUGCAGUUCGUCAUCGAUGCCGUCUACGCCGUGGCGCACGCCCUGCAUACCAUGCAUGUGGACCUUUGCCCCGGCCACACGGGCGUCUGCGACAAGAUGGACCCGGUGGAGGGACGCCUGCUGCUGAAAUACAUUCGCGCGGUUAACUUUAAUGGCAGUGCGGGAACCGCCGUCCUUUUCAACGAGAAUGGAGACGCCCCUGGGCGCUACGACAUCUUCCAGUAUCAGCUGUCCAACACUACCAACCCGGGUUACAAGGUCAUUGGCCAGUGGACCAACAACCUGCGACUCAACGUGGAGGAGAUGCAGUGGUCGGGUGGGGACCGGCAGAUUCCAGACUCCGUGUGCAGCUUCCCCUGCAACCCAGGCGAGAGGAAGAAGAUGGUGAAGGGCGUGCCGUGCUGUUGGCACUGCGAGCUGUGCGACGGCUACCAGUACCAGCUGGACGAGUUCACGUGCGAGGGCUGCCCUUUCAACAUGAGGCCCACACAGAACCGCACCAGCUGCCGGCCCACGCCCAUCAUCAAGCUGGAGUGGCACUCACCCUGGGCCAUCAUCCCCGUCUUUCUGGCCAUCCUGGGCAUCUUAGCCACCUCCUUCGUGGUGGUCACCUUCAUCCGCUUCAACGACACGCCCAUCGUGCGCGCGUCUGGCCGCGAGCUCAGCUACGUGCUGCUGACGGGCAUCUUCCUCAUCUACCUCAUUACUUUCCUGAUGAUUGCUGAGCCGGACACAGCGGUGUGCGCCUUCCGGCGUCUUCUGCUCGGCCUCGGCACGUGCAUAAGCUAUUCCGCCAUGCUCACCAAGACCAACCGCAUCUACCGCAUCUUCGAGCAGGGCAAGAAGUCCGUCACUCCGCCCAAGUUCAUCAGCCCCACCUCCCAACUCGUCAUCACCUUUGUCCUUAUUUCUGUGCAAGUGGUGGGGGUGUUCAUCUGGUUGGCCGUGGUGCCCCCGCACACCAUCAUCGACUACGAGGAGCUACGGCCACCCAACCCGGAACUGGCGCGGGGCAUCCUGAAGUGUGACAUGUCCGACCUGUCCCUCAUCUCCUGCCUCAGCUACAGCAUCGUACUCAUGGUGACGUGCACCGUCUACGCCGUGAAGAGCAGGGGCGUGCCCGAGACCUUCAACGAGGCCAAGCCCAUCGGCUUCACCAUGUACACCACCUGCAUCGUCUGGCUGGCCUUCGUGCCCAUCUUCUUUGGCACGGCGCAGUCCACGGAGAAGAUGUGUAUCCAGACGACGACGCUGACCGUCUCCAUGAGCCUGAGCGCUUCCGUGUCCCUGGGAAUGCUCUACAUGCCCAAGGUGUACGUCAUCGUCUUCCACCCGGAGCAGAACGUGCAGAAACGCAAGCGCAGCUUCAAGGCUGUGGCGCAGGCGGCCACAAUGUCCACACGGCUCUCGCAGAAGUGCAGCGACAAACAGAACGGGGAGACCAAAAUGGAGCCGGACAGAUCACAGUAGGCCGUAUAAUGUGCCACAACAACAGAUCCAGGAAAUGGUUUAUCCCCGGAGACAUCAAGGAAAAGUAAUUACUGAGCAGAAAAAAAAAGAAUUUCUUAUGAAAUAACAAUGAUUGAUACUGGGAUUUUAAUAAUCACGUUUGACUUGACACAAAAAUAAUAAUUAAAAAACCUGGAAUACUGGAAUGGAAAGUUAUGGUUCAUAACUGUAUUUGGCUGGCACUGUAUGUAUUUUGACAGUAGUGCGGGUAAAAUGACAUGAAGGCAAUCUCCGCGGUUCUGAGCCAGAAGAAGUCAACCUAUCAGUCUCUAAAAAAAUGUACUGAAACAUAGUUGUGCUUAUUCCCGUUUGAUGUUCAGUUUUUCUUAGUUGGUUAGUAUGUGCGGCUGAUUUGUCAGCCAUGCAGCCAUGUUUAAGAAAGUUUUCCCUUAGCAAGGCUAAUGGGUAAGUGCUCCAAACAACAAUGUAGCUUAGCAUCAGGACUGCUGUUUGUGUGCUUGGUUGGCUGUCAUCUGAGCAUGGAUUGUGUGUUUGUUUGUCUGUGUGUGUGUAACUUUUUAUAUAUAAGAAGGCAUGGCAAUUUGUAUGUGCUCAUGUAAUGUGUUGAAUUUACAAAAAACUGUAAGAUUGGAGAGCUGGGUGAUACAGAUCGACCAUCAAGUAACUCAAUAUUAAAUCUCAAAAAAGGGUAUAACGUUUACUAAUGGAUGUAGGUACUGUUUAAUGUUCUUAAUGUUUUCGUUUAAAAUGUAACUAUUAAUAUGAAGGACAGCUUACUGAAUUUGGCUUUGGGUGAAAACAUUUUUAAUGGUGUGCGUAAACUAUUUUUUAUAUCAAGACUAUGAGUAGAGGACUGUGUGGCCCCUACAAUGCAGGGAUGUUCCCGGAGAAGGAGUCCAUGGGUUCACCACAUUUUAAAUGUCUGAAUGAACGUCAUUAAGGAGUGAAAGGUAGCUAAGGAGCUUCUGAGAGUGGAGCUGAAGGUGUUGUACCUGAAGGAAGCUUUAUAAAAGUCUGACGGCCCACAGAAUCCCCCCGACACAACCAGCAUUAGCCACAGCACCAAUACUGAAGCAGAAGCAAAUGUGUAUGUGCCCAGGGAUGUGAGCAGUAAUAAGCAUAUGUUAUGCUUAUUCCCAAUGAAAAUUGGAAUAUACCUCUUCACUGUGUCUACAACUGCAACUUUACUUUAUUUUUAUUUGUUAUAUGAGAUUUUUUUGUGUGUGAAACGGAAAAGAAAAAUGUCCACCGGGAGCGGAAGCUUUCGUUGUUGUAGCAACAUGUCCUUCAAUAUGCUGCCCCUAUACAGAUGAUUUGCACGUUGUCGAAAGAGAAGAGAUAUAAAUACCUCUAGAAUAACCUAUAUGUGAACAAUAGAAUAGGUAAAUUCUAAUAAGUGUGUUUCUUAAAGACUUUGUGAAGGAAUCUGCAGGAUGGGAACACAAUUCUGAUUUAUUUGUGGUGCAAAUUCAUACGAGAAACAGACUAAAUGAUAAACAUAUGAAAACAUAGCUGGACUAUAUUAGGUGAUGCUUCACAUUAACUGUAUCUUCAUAAUGCAUUUGUUAUGCAUUCAUAGAACAUCUAAUGCACAUUCACAUUCUAACGAGUUACUUGUUACACGCCUGUUACUUGUUUAAUCUCGCCUCUUGUUACAGCCCUUGUGUGGAUCACCCCAGCUGCCUCUCGUCUGCUCCUUCAUCAGUGUAUAUAAUGUCUCCCUGUCUCGAGCUCCCCAGUCCAGUCAUUGAUGUAGCUGCCUGCACGUGCUCCCCAGUCUGCCCUGUUCUUGCCUGACCCUUCCUACCCUGUGUUGACCCCUUGUGGUCCGUUUCAUUUUGCCCCGCCUGUUAUUUUAUUUAAUAAAGCCCCCCCCCAUCUUUGGUUUUCCCCAUGCCUGCCUUUACCUCCAUACUUGCCCGUAAUGUGACAAUAGGAGAGGAUACUUUGGGGGGAGGUCUUUAUGGCGAAGUGUGUUCCAAUGCUGAAAACACCACAGAACCAUCUUCAAGGGGUGAACAGAACUAUUGGAUAAAAGUGAAAGUUUUAACAAGAAAUUAAAACGAAAACUGGGAUUAAAAAAAUAAAAAAACCAUUAACUUCGUGUGAUGCAUUACAAAUGUGUGUACUGUCAAAUUCUGCAAUAAUGUGUAAUAAAUGGUUUCUUUCCAUUUAGAAAAAAUAUAGGUAUAUCGUAUAUAUUUCUAAUGCGUAUAUUCACACACACAAGCAGAAAAACAAAACAAUACACACGGAUGGAAUCCAUUAAAAAGCUAAGUGUGUCCUCUAUCCACAUUGAUACACGGGAAUGUAACUACGGGUUAAUUAAACUGCUCAUCUGCUCCUUGCGUGAUAUUUCAUCGUACUAGUCACCAGCACAAGAGGCAGCUGAUCCAGUUAUAGCCUGAAACUAACAUGGAAGCAUUUUCUUAUUUAGUCUUUUUUCAUAUUGGUAAUAUCUGAUUUGUGGCCAAAAGGUUGAAGGGGUGGGGGGUUCAGGGUGUAGUGUCUAAACAGAGUGAGAUUAAACCGAUUUACAGACAGUGAGAUCUUCAGGGUCAAGCUAACUAAAUAAAUGCAGGUAACAUCCAAGCGUCCAAUGCAUUCAGAUAAUUAAAUAAAUGGUGUGGUGACCUUUUUAGUGUAUUUGGUAUGUGCAAUGCGUACUGUCUUCUUUUUUAAAAUGCAAAACUCAGGAUUUUUGUUGUGUAUGUAAAUGAAAAAAUGCUCUUUGAUUUCUGCUGUCACAUUUUGUAUGAUCUGUCUUUCCCAUCAAAAUGGAGAGCCGUUCCCUGAUGGACAGCAAGAUCUGGGCAUCAGUGGCUAUCAGACUGCCUGACAUGCAUGUUAGAAUAAAUGAUUUAAUAAUAAAACUGAA